AUGCAGAACCGACAAGAAAUGAGAUGUGGUAAUGAGAAGCAUGAAGAGGAGAAAGAGGCCCCUUUGAUGGCGCUGAAUCAUGUCUCUAGGGUUUGCCGAUCGGUGGAGGAGUCUGUUGAAUUCUACACCAAGGUUCUCGGGUUCGUGCUGAUCAAGCGGCCCGAGUCCUUACAUUUCGACGGCGCCUGGCUCUUCAACUACGGUAUCGGCAUCCACUUGGUGCAGUCCAAGGACGAGGACAAGCUUCCCCGAGAUAAGGACUGUCUGGAUCCCAUGGAUAACCAUAUCUCGUUUCAGUGCGAGGAUAUGGAGGCUAUGGUGAAGAAGCUGAAGGAGAUGAACAUUAAGUACAUGAAGAGGAGAGUGGGAGAGCAAGAAGGCGCGGCCAUCGACCAGCUGUUCUUCAAAGAUCGGGAUGGAUUUAUGAUUGAGAUUUGUAACUGCGAGAAUCUGAAGCUCGUUCCGCAGCGUUCCAUCGGCCGGAUCAAGCUUCCCUUCGACAAGCAUAAUCCGCCCAUCGAGCUCCCAACUCAUCAACAAGAUAUGCUUCUUGGUGACCUCUAG